AUGACGGCGUUCCCAGGUCACAAUCCUCACCUGUUUCGGUGGAGGAGGCUGGACAAGAAUAAAACAUCUGAAGAAAAGAUACGUGUAAAGAAUAGUGAUGUGGAUCAGUGGAGGAAGCGAGUGGAGAUGGCUUCAGAGUUUGCUGUAUCUGAAGUUUUCUCCCACAAGAAACCUCAUUCGGGAACCGGCAGCCGAGCUGUACAGUUGCAAAGCUCUGACCAGCUAAGAGAUCAUGAUGACGCUUACAGUGAAGCUCAGGCUCUUAUUGGUGAUUGGCUGAGCUGUAAGUUGCGGCUGGAGCUGGACAUGGAGGAGGACGAUGACCUGAUGUGCUCUGUUGAGAGGCGAAGCCCUGUUGGGUUAGCUAGUGCUCAGCCUGCCGCCGCUAACUACACCAACUUUGAUGAUCUGUACAACUGCCUGGCUGAGGAAGAAGAGCACAGCGCUGUUAACAGCUUCCUUCAAGACCUGAUGGAGCGACAGGUGUUGGACUGUGGGGUGAUGGAGGAACUAGCGCUGGAUGUUGGACAAACAAGGAAAAAGUUCAGAGACCCAGUCGUCACCAUGGAAGCACGACACCUGCAGGUGAGGGAGAACAGGGCCCGGCGGGAGGCUGAGAGGCAGAGGCAACAGAGAGAGAGGGAGGCUCAGCGGGGUGCCAGGGAGGAGGCAAAGCGGAGGGAGCGAGAGGAGGAGACAAGGAAGAAGCAGGAGGCACGGAGGCAGGAGGAGAUGGUGCAGCAGGAGAUGGUGAGACUGCGGCGUCAGAUGGAGGAGAGACGAGGCCUGGAACAGCUGGUUCGACAGAGGGAAAGGGAAAGAGUGGAAGGGCAGAGGGCAGCCAGGAGCCUCCAGUCAGCCCCUCCAUUUCCCACGAAACAGCAGCAGCAGGAAACAGAGCAACAAUGGAAAGAACAGAAAAUUCAACCCAAGGUUCACAUGCGUAAUCUCAAGUGUCUGCAGAGGCAUUUCUCCGGAUGGUAUUCAGUGGUGUUGGACCGAAGGCUGCGUUUGGGUAAGGCCAUGGCCCUCUUUGACUGGAAGAGGCAGCUGAGAGCGUGGCGAGUGUGGCGCGCAGCGGUGUGGGCAGAACAAAGGCAGCGAGAGGUGGCGAGAACAGAGCAGGAGCUACGAACUGAAAACAGGCAAUGCCAGCUGGCUGUGGAGAGUGACCGACGGCGUGUGCUACGGCGAUGUCUGGACGAGUGGCAGCUAUGGUGUCGGAUGGAGAGGGAACAACGAGAGCUUUUGGCCCAGCAGCAGGAGACCCGGCGCAAGAUGGCUGCCUUAAUUAAUGCUGCAUCAACAGGCAAACUCAAGGCCACAGAAACCCUACCUGAUCAGCCUGAAAUGGCCCCACCUGAGGCAUCUAACCAACCAGAGAACACGGAGAAGGAAGAUCAGCACAGGCCAGGAACUUUAGCCCCAGACGCCUCUGCAGUACAUCGGAACAACCCUGUGGGUACUGUGGCCCAGCCCACUCAGCCAUGGCAGGUGACCCGACGCCAUGCAGCACCGACCGCCGCUGAGCUCCACGAGGUACGGCGGAGAGGCGAGGGCGGUGGCUUCGCCUGUCCAAAGCGGGCACCAUCGCCGGGCAGCAGGUUUGAGAACAGACACACCAUCCAGCAGCAGAUCAUCACACAGCAGAGGAAGCUGUUGAAGGAGCAGCAAGAGCAAAUUGCACAGCUGAGGGAGAAGCAGAGCAUGAUGGGCUUGGAGCUGGAAAUGGAGAAAACCGCACAGCUCACCCAGCUGUCAAUGCUAAGAGGCUCAAGACCAAAGAGCCACAACUUUGACCCCACAGAGCAGAGGGCACCAAGAGUCACUGGAGAAGCUGACAGCCUCGGUGCACCUCAGAGGAAGGCGGUCACACGCCAGAUGUGCCCCCAUCCAAUCAUCACGGCCAUGGAAGCCCGCGCACGUCAACGCGAAGAGCGAAGGAAGGAAAUCGAAGAACUCAGGAGAAAGAAGGAAGAGAAAAAACUGGCGGAGAUGAGAGCAGCUGAGGAGCAGAGGCAGAGGGAGGAGGAGGAGGAGAAACGCAAAGCAGCAGAAAAGAAGAAGGAGGAGAAAAGGCAGGAAAGAGAGAGGGAAGAGGAAAAACAGAGGCAGCUGAAAAGGCAGCAGGAGCUCCUGAAGCUGGCUCGUCAACACUACCGCAUGAACUUGCUGCAACGGCGAGGCCUGGCGCCAUGGAAACGCCUCAUUCAGCUCAGACAAGCCAACACGCAGCUGGCCGAGAGUCACCACAAUCUCUUCCUCCUGAGGCGGUGCACGCUAGGCUGGCGGCAAUCGGCGAGAGAGUCCCUGUCUGAGAAGGAAGCUUCCGCGGACCAACUGUACCAUCACUUUUUGCUUUGGAGGAGCUUAAGCUGCUGGAAAAGACUAAAGGACUGGCGGAUGAUUCAAGAGGAGAGAGCCGAGCGCUUCCAUCGCACCCGUACUCUGAGGAGGUUUCUGCUGGGACUGCUGGACCAUGUGACCCAGGAGAGGCUGCUGGACUGGGACCGCCAGGAGCUGGCUCAGGAGCACAAUGACAGAUGGGUGUUGCGGCGAUGUUUCCUGGCCUGGGGGAAGCUUCCAUGUCUACUGCGCAGGGAAAGAGAGAAGGAAGAGCGGCGAGAGAAGCUGGGGCGGAAAGUGGCUGAGGUUCUGCCUGAUUUCUUCUCCCGUCCACUGUAACAUGGCGCAGCCUCUGUGAGACGUUCACUGCAUACCCAUACAGACAACACACUAACAUCUCAAUAACUCAGGAGAGGACACAUACACAUUUCUCACAUUCAUUUAAUUAAAUAAGUAAAAUCUAUUUCAUACAAACACAAAACUGGACCCAUAUAGCUUUUAGGAUUCCAAAAAAAAAGCUUUCAGCCCAUUUGAGGACUAAUAACAGCAGCUGUAGUGGAAAGCACUGAAAAUUUCUCAAGUUGACAUUAUUGUGUACUGAUUUAUUUGCUUUAUCUUCAUAUUUCCAGAGCAGAGUCAGUUAAAAAAGCAACUACUUCAUAUAUUCCUACCCAUCCAAUCAUUUAUCAUGUUAAACGCAAUGACACACUUUAACUAGCCUGAAUAUGUGGCUUGUGCUGAAAUGUUACAUUUAACUUUGAUAAAUAUCCACAACAAAUUUCACAAGGUCAACGCUGCAGAUAAAUGUUUGUGGGGGACAAAGGAGGUGUAGUGUGCAGAGAGACCAUCCUUGAAAUGAUGUUCAGCCCACAGCUUUUUGCAGGACUGAACAAUUCCAGAGACGUCACCUUGUUGCUGAAGCUGUGUUCAGACAAAAUGUCUCUAUGAGGAGCGACAGAUUACUCAGUCUCACAUUUUUUUUGUAUGCUGACUACCAGCAAGGCACUAGAAUGAAGAGGAAACAUAAAGACAAUGUUCAAGUCCAGGGAAGACAGUCAAAGUGAAGGAAACUGUGAUAUCUGUUUGGCAGAGAGACAUCAUACCAGUGGAAUGAGGCAGCAGUGGAAGGAGAUUAAGGGUCAGUGAGUGGAUGAAGCUGCAUAGAGAAGAUGCCAGUUGUCAGUGAUAUUAAUGGCAGUGAAUGUUAUCUUAUUGGGCUUGUGGUUUUCAUUGCUAUAUGUCAAAGUCAGCAACUCAGGUGGCAACUCAAUAGCUGCAGUAACCCAGUGACAUCAGUCCUUACAGAUAUCAGGUUUGCUGCAGCAGAAGAUAAGUCAGAGUGAAGGGACAUUGCUGCCAUCCAGUGGACUUUAACAGAACAACAACCGUAAGUUGCUUUAACUCAGAAUUGUGUAACAGUCCCUCAUACCAGGUCAGCAGAGGUUGAAGAGGGAGGAUUCAGUUUUUCUCCCAUGGUCAUGAACUCUGCCCAGUUGCCACGGAAACCUUGAGAGUAGAUGCCGGUGUCCACUACGAGUCCCCAAUAAGCGCUGCGAGCAGUCUUGUCUCGCAGGGCGACGCGUGCCUCACGCUCGGUCACGUUGUAGCUGACGUUGAUCACCUGCACCACCAGCAGGUGUAACAGCCCACCGGUCACGAUACUGCUGUACCACGCACAGGUGAAGCAAAGUGCAGUGCUAGAACCCAGACAAAGAGAAAAGAUGGGGAAACAAUAAAACACAGCACUAGCAGCAUGUAACAAAAAGUAAGAGCUCGCUGCAUUAAAACUGUUCAUAUAUAUUAUCAGUAAGCCUCUCAUUUGUUCUUUUUGUGUAAAACAUGCCCAUCACUUCAUGAACAGCACUAAUAAUGAAUGAGUGUAAG